AUGCGUCGCAGUUUGGAAUCUGUGAAUCAGGUUUUCCUCGAUGCGCCGUCGGUUUGGAAGAUUGUACCUUACGCGCGAAAUAUAUCAGAGGCUUUGGCGCUCGAUGAUGCUGAGCGCGAGCCUGAGAAAGCCGGCGCUGCCGAUGAUGUUGAGAUGCGGGAGUACAUUUGA